ACCCUUGUCCACCUGCCUGCCACAAGAAGGCUGGGUCCCCCUUCUUCUGGGUGUCUUUCUUGUCUCCUGCUGUCAGCUCAAGGAAACCUUGGUCCAACUUUCUCAGUGAACAUGGGGAUGGGGUUGGAAGCCGAUGAAGCUCAGUGCCAGAUGUAAGGGUACAAUCCUCAGGAUGUUCCAGGGGGAAUAGACGCUGGAACCAGUGCUUCUAAUCUAUUCCCUCCAGUGAUGGGCCCCCCGAUGCUGUCUCUCCUGAGUGGGGUGGUAGUCUUGGGCUUGGUAGGGUGCUCAGACCCCAACCUGGGGCCAGCUGAGCAGGAACAGAACCACUACCUAGCCCAGCUGUUCGGCCUGUACGGAGAGAAUGGAACGCUGACUGCAGGGGGCCUGGCUCGGCUUCUGCACAGCCUGGGGCUGGGCCGAGUUCAGGGCCUUCGCCUGGGACACCAAGGGCCUCCAACUGGGAGGGCUACACCCCCAGAGAACUUCACACUCAGGCCACCGGACCCAGAGUUGAAUGUGGACGUGUGGGCAGGGAUGCCCCUGGGUCCUUCAGGGUGGGGUGACCUGGAGGAGUCCAAGGCCCCCAACCUGCCCCGUGGGCCAGCACCCUCGGGCCUGGACCUCUUUCACAGGCUUCUGCUGCUGGACCAUUCACUGGCUGACCAUUUGAAUGAGGAUUGUCUGAAUGGUUCCCAGCUACUGGUCAAUUUUGGCUUGAGCCCUGCCGCUCCUCUGACCCCUCGUCAGUUUUCUCUGCUGUGCCCAGCACUGCUUUACCAGAUUGACAGCCGUGUUUGCAUCCAGGCCCCAGCCCCAGCCCCUCCAGGGGAUGUACUAUCUGCCAUGCUCCACAGCGCCCUGGCAGUCCUGUUGCUCAGCCUCCCUGCUCCCCUUUCCCUGCUGCUGCUGAGGCUUCUGGGACCUCAUCUAUUGCGACCCCUCCUGGGCUUCCUGGGGGCUCUGGCAGUUGGUACCCUUUGUGGGGAUGCGCUGCUCCACCUGCUACCGCAUGCACAAGGAGGACAGCACACAGGACCUAGUCAGCAACCAGAGGACCUGAGUCCAGGGCUGUCGGUGCUGGGCGGACUCUUCCUGCUCUUCGUGCUGGAGAACAUGCUAGGGUUUCUGCGGCACAGAGGGCCCAGGCCAAGAUGCUGCAGGUGCAAAAGGGAUCUCGGAGCACCGAACCCGGACCCAGAGGACGGCAGUGAGAUGGUCCUGCGGCCCCUGCAGGCAACGCCAGAGCCAGGGGCUCAGGGCCAGAGGGAGCAGAACACCCAGUCCCCACCAGCUCCAGCCCCUCCUGGGCACCAAGGCCACAGUCAUGGACACCAGGGUGGCAGUGGAACCAGUAUCACAUGGAUGGUGCUCCUGGGAGAUGGCCUGCACAACCUCACUGAUGGGCUGGCCAUAGGUGCUGCCUUCUCUGACGGCUUCUCCAGUGGCCUCAGCACCACACUAGCAGUCUUCUGCCAUGAGCUACCCCAUGAACUGGGUGACUUCGCAAUGCUGCUCCAAGCAGGGCUGUCCUUUCGGAGACUGAUUCUCCUGAGCCUCGUGUCUGGAGCUCUGGGACUUGCGGGGGCAGCCCUGGGGGUAGGGCUCAGCUUGGGCCCUGUCCCCCUCACUCCCUGGGUAUUUGGAGUCACCGCUGGGGUCUUCCUCUAUGUGGCCCUUGUGGACAUGCUUCCAGCCCUGCUGCGUCCUCCUGAGCCCCUGCCUUGGCUCCACGUGCUUCUGCAGGGGCUGGGGCUGCUUCUGGGGGGCAGCCUUAUGCUUACUAUAGCCCUGCUGGAGGAGCAGCUAUUGCCCGUGGUUUCUGAUGGCUGAGGGGGUCCAGUGGCAAUGGAUCCAAGUUGCCCCUCCUUCCCCCCAACCACAGGAAUGGAGGCGGGACACAGGGCCAGUAGGAGCAAUAGGAUUUUAAUAAACAGAACCCAUCCCAAA